GAACCUUGGUGGAGGGAGGAGGGGACAAUAAAGGAUGGGAGACCUUGGGAACCCCCGGUCUCACGCGGAAGCACAGGGAUGGCUCUAACGGAUAGCGCCGGAGCGGCGAAGGAAGCGCUUGGCGAGAGCUCGAUCUUCGCAGACAUAACAAAACGGGCCGAUUAAACAAAACCGCGUCGUUCAGAGAGCGGGGGAAAUAACUCACAGAAGCAAACGGCCGCACUCUCUCACACACCCCCCCCGAAGGUGGUUGAGUCUCGGAAGAAAGAAGAGGGGUGGGCAGGCGGAGGAUCCCGCGUCUGAGGAGAAGAGCCAGGCGGGAAUGAAAAGUUUCUCCCAGGAGGAAGCCUCCCUGUGGCGCGCCGAGAGAUCUGUCCUUCUGUAUGUUCCGAAGAGGAGGGGAGGGGGGGAGCCAGCUCUCCCGCUCUGGCCCCCGGCGAAGAAAGAAGUUGAUAGACCCAGGGGCGUUUGAAGCAGCCACGUCCUUAAGAGAGCAACGCGGGGAGCGGUACCAUGUAAAGGAAGGGGCAGGGGACGUCCGCCGAAUGGGAGUGGAUUGCAUUGGAGCCCGCUGGGACUGAACUAGAUGGAAAACUGCCGAUGGAUAUUGAAUUUCCUUUCGUUUUUCUUUUCUGUCAAAUUGGAUUUGUUGCCGAAAUGAUGUAGUUUUGCCUUCCGUGGUCUUCUCUGUCCCCCCCCCCUUGGUUUUUUUCUUUCUUUUUUCUUAUUUUCCUUCGGAAUUUCGUUCUGGAUAUUCUUCUUCUCCUCCUCCUCCUCCUCCUCCUCCGGGGCGAUAUCUCAAAGACAGCUCAGAAUCAGGAAACCUGCAGCAGAACAAACAAUGACUGAAGACCAUUCCAAUGCAACUCCCUACACUGAACUGGGAAAUUGAGACUAUGAAGAAAGACUGGCCGUUUGUAACAAGAGGGUUGGCUUCUAUUUUGCUAGCUCCAAGAAAGACGUCCUUUAUCUGUGUGACUCAAGCAGACAAAGUUACCACUAGAGUGCCAGCAUUAUUGGCCAGGAAUUGAGAAGGGCAGAAGAUGGACUAGGUAUUCUGACUAUUGGAACUCCUGAAGGACCAACACUAAAUAAAUUAUGAAUGUUGAACAAGAUGACCUUACAUCCACAGCAGAUAAUGAUAGGUCCUAGGUUUAACAGGGCCCUAUUUGACCCCUUGCUUGUGGUGCUACUGGCUCUUCAACUUCUCGUGGUGGCUGGUUUGGUGAGAGCUCAGACUUGCCCGUCUGUCUGUUCCUGCAGCAAUCAGUUCAGCAAAGUAAUUUGUGUAAGGAAGAAUCUGAGAGAGGUCCCUGACGCCAUCUCCACAAACACACGGUUAUUGAAUCUCCAUGAGAACCAGAUCCAAAUCAUUAAGGUGAAUAGCUUCAAACACCUGAGACAUCUAGAAGUCUUGCAGCUGAGCAGAAAUCACAUUAGAACAAUUGAAAUAGGGGCCUUCAAUGGUCUGGCUAAUCUCAAUACUUUGGAACUUUUUGACAAUCGUCUUAGCACCAUUCCAAAUGGGGCUUUUGUAUACUUGUCAAAACUGAAGGAGCUCUGGUUGCGAAACAACCCCAUUGAGAGUAUUCCUUCUUAUGCUUUUAAUAGAAUCCCUUCCCUACGAAGGUUGGAUUUGGGGGAAUUAAAAAGGCUUUCAUAUAUCUCAGAAGGUGCCUUUGAAGGUCUGUCCAAUUUGAGGUAUUUGAACCUUGCUAUGUGCAACCUUCGGGAGAUCCCUAACCUCACACCACUUGUAAAACUGGAUGAGCUAGAUCUUUCUGGGAACCACUUAACAGCUAUCAAGCCAGGGUCCUUUCAAGGGUUAAUGCACCUUCAAAAAUUAUGGCUGAUCCAAUCCCAGAUUCAAGUGAUUGAAAGGAAUGCCUUUGAUAACCUUCAGUCACUAGUAGAGAUCAACCUGGCCCACAACAAUCUAACACUACUGCCUCAUGACCUCUUUACACCUCUCCGUCUAGAAAGGAUUCACCUGCAUCACAACCCUUGGAACUGCAACUGUGACAUCCUGUGGCUCAGCUGGUGGAUUAAAGACAAAGCGCCCUCCAACACUGCAUGUUGUGCCCGUUGCAACACACCUCCUAGCUUGAAAGGAAGGUACAUUGGUGAGCUGGAUCUGAAUUACUUCACAUGCUAUGCUCCUGUGAUUGUGGAGCCACCAACAGACCUCAACGUCACUGAAGGCAUGGCUGCAGAGCUGAAAUGCCGAGCAUCAACAUCCCUGACCUCUAUAUCUUGGAUUACUCCAAAUGGGUCUGUUAUAACACAUGGGGCUUAUAGGGUUCGGAUUUCUGUGCUCAGUGAUGGCACAUUAAAUUUUACAAGGGUGACUGCGCAAGACACGGGCUUGUAUACAUGCUUGGUGAGUAACUCUGUUGGGAAUACCACAGCUUCUGCAACACUCAAUGUAACCGCGCAGGAGUGUAUUACUUAUUUUUCAACCAUCACAGUGGAAACUGUGGAACCAUCUCAGGAUGAGGCACGGACCACAGAACAUGUUUGGCCCACACCAGUCACUGAAUGGGACACCACCAAUGUGACAACCUCUCUCACACCACAGAGCACAAGGUCAACAGAAAAAACAUUCACCAUCCCUGUGACAGAUUCAAGCAAUGGGAUUCCAGGAAUAGAUGAGGUUAUGAAGACUACCAAAAUCAUUAUUGGUUGUUUUGUGGCAAUCACUCUUAUGGCAGCGGUGAUGUUGGUCAUUUUCUACAAAAUGAGAAAACAACAUCACCGGCAAAACCACCAUGCUCCAACGCGAACUGUAGAGAUCAUUAAUGUGGAUGAUGAGCUUACAGGUGAUACACCUAUAGAAAGUCAUUUGCCCAUGCCAGCAAUAGAGCAUGAGCACCUAAAUCACUAUAACUCUUAUAAGUCUCCUUUCAACCACACAACAACAGUUAACACAAUAAAUUCAAUACACAGUUCAGUGCAUGAACCAUUGUUGAUCCGAAUGAACUCGAAAGACAAUGUGCAAGAGACUCAGAUCUAAAACAUUUACAAAUUUAAAGGGGAAUUUAAAACACAAAAGACAGUUUAUUAAAAAAAUGACACAAAUGACUGGGCUAAAUCUACUGUUUCAAAAAAAGUGUCUUUACAAAAAAAGAAAUUUAUUUAUUAAAAAUUCUAUUGUGAGCGAAAGCAGACAAAAUUAUGUGUAUUCCUCAGAACCUCUUUUUGCUGCACUUAUUUGCCCUCCACCUUUCCCUUCCCUUUCUUCUUCCCUCUUCCCAAGCCCAUUUGCCAUAUUUUUCAUAGAGCAAUUUGAUUCUCUAAAAACAGAAAAACACUGGUCUAGGAAUUUUUGUAAGAAUUAUGUUAACGCUUUGGGAAUUUUUAUGGUGAAUUCUAGUGGUGAGAUUCGGUCUAUUUUGUCUUUCUUCAUUUCAUUUUCUUCUCAUGCCCUUUUUGAAAUGGUUCAACAGGGAAAUGGAUGUUAGCGGUAGAUUCACGAGAACAAUCAAGGAACAACAAAACAUAACAAAAAAAAUAUUUUUUUCACAUAAAUGACCUAUUCUGUAUUUCCUGAAGGGACCAUUCUUUGGAAGAAGAAAACAAAAAUCCGAGAAAUUAAUUUUCAUGUGAGCAUCUAUAAAACCCAUGAUAUUUUAAACAAUUCUAGAA